GAGGAGGCGCGGUUUGUGUCCGCUCGGAGUGUUUGUAUGAAGCCGCAAGCUGCAGGUUUGCACAGUAAUACGUCAGUAUUUGAUCCGGACAGCGGGUCUGCGGCACAGGGAGCCUCUUGAUGACAUUCAUCAGCGUUAAGUUAACGGUUAGUUAAAACGGUUACUCCGGAGCUGCACGUCGUUUGACGCGGGGACGAUGAAGAAGGUCGCUUUGUUGCUAAUUGCGCUGCUCGGCGUUGCACUUUUCGCGACUGUUGGCAGAUGUGAAGACGAUGCUGCAGAGGACGAAGAGAAGGCUGCUGAAGAGGACAGUGAUGAGGAUGAGGAUGAAGAGGAUGAGGAUGACACAGAGGUGAAGGAAGAGAACGGGGUUCUGGUUCUCAAAGACAGCAACUUUGACACCUUCAUAGAGGGAAAAGACACCGUUCUGAUUGAGUUCUACGCACCAUGGUGUGGCCACUGCAAGCAGUUUGCCCCAGAGUAUGAGAAGAUUGCUCAGACUCUGAAGGAGCAUGACCCCCCCAUACCCGUAGCCAAAGUGGACGCUACGGUAGCCAGCUCUGUGGCGAGCAGGUUCGACGUGUCCGGAUACCCCACUAUUAAGAUCCUGAAAAAUGGCGAGCCGGUGGACUACGAAGGAGCACGAACAGAGAAGGCCAUUGUGGAGCGGGUGAAGGAGGUGUCUCAGCCAGACUGGAAGCCGCCUCCUGAGGCCACGCUUGUGCUGACGAAGGACAACUUCGAUGACACCGUUAAUAAUGCAGAGCUCAUCCUGGUGGAGUUCUACGCUCCAUGGUGUGGACACUGCAAGCGUCUGGCUCCAGAGUAUGAGAAGGCUGCAAAGGAGUUAAGUCAGCGCUCUCCUCCCAUUCCUCUGGCCAAGGUGGACGCCACAGUAGAGCCGGAUAUUGCCUCGCGCUUUGAGGUCACUGGCUAUCCCACCCUGAAGAUCUUCAGAAAGGGCAAGAUGUUUGAGUACAACGGACCCAUGGAGAAGCAUGGUAUUGUGGACUACAUGAGUGAGCAGGCAGGGCCCCCCUCUAAGCAGGUCCAGGCAGUGAAGCAGGUCCAGGAGCUCAUCAAGGAUGGCGAUGAUGCCGUCAUAGUUGGUGUGUUCUCCAGUGAGCAGGACUCAGCCUACGAGCUCUACAUCGAGGCCUGUAAUGCACUGAGGGAGGACUUCACCUUCCGUCACUCCUUCAGCGCCGAAGUGGCCAAACUGUUGAAGGCGUCUCCCGGUCAGAUCGUCAUUGUUCAUCCAGAGAAGUUUCACUCAAAGCACGAACCAGCAUCUCAGAAACUUUCAGUCAAGGAAACCACGUCUUUAUCAGAAGUUCAAGAAUUCUUCAAAAAGCAUUCCAUUCCUCUGGUUGGACACAGAAAACCCAGCAAUGAUGCUAAACGCUAUGCCAAAAGACCCCUGGUGGUCGUGUAUUACGGCGUUGACUUCAGCUUUGACUACAGAGUUGCUACACAGUUCUGGAGGUCCAAGGUGCUCGACGUGGCCAAAGAUUUCCCAGAGUACACGUUUGCCAUCGCUGAUGAGGAAGACUAUGCUGAUGAGCUGAAGAGUCUAGGGCUGAGUGAGAGUGGAGAGGAGGUGAAUGUUGGCAUUUUGGCAGAUGGAGGUAAAAAGUUUGCCAUGGAGCCAGAGGAGUUUGACUCGGAGGUGCUGAGAGACUUUGUCCUCGCUUUUAAGAAAGGAAAGCUCACGGCCAUCAUCAAGUCCCAGCCGGUGCCAAAGAACAACAAGGGUCCAGUCAAAGUCGUGGUGGGAAAGACCUUUGACGACAUCGUCAUGGACACGGAGAAGGACGUCCUGAUCGAGUUUUACGCCCCCUGGUGCGGCCACUGCAAGAAACUGGAGCCCGAUUAUGUGGCCCUAGGCAAAAAGUACAAGAACGAGAAGAACCUGGUGAUCGCCAAGAUGGACGCCACCGCCAACGACGUGCCAAAUGAUAACUACAAGGUGGAAGGCUUCCCUACGAUAUACUUUGCACCAAGUAACAGUAAGCAGAAUCCAGUAAAGCUGGAAGGGGGAGACAGAACAGUGGAGGGGCUCAGCACGUUCUUGGAAAAACACGCCACGAAGCUACAGCAGAGAGAUGAACUCUGAGACCUUCGUCUCCGUACGGAGCUGAGAACUCUAACCGCGUUCAGCCGGAGUCUCUGGACGCUGCGUGGGAAGGCAACGGGAGCGCAGCGGGUUUAAAACUGGUGUUACUGACAAAAAGUUUUAGUUUCUGUUCGUUCCGAGAGAUUCAGCUUCUGUUUCUGAAAGCAUGUAAAAGCUCUGCUGACGAUUUUUAAAUAAAAACUGAAAAUGGU